UUCAAGGACUCGCUCCUUGCACGCAGAUCAAUGGCAGCCUUUGCCGGUACUCCCAGUUGUGUUUGAUGUCCCCCGAAAAGCAUAAGGCACUGCUCGACAAGAAGCAAAGAUUAGAGGGAAAGCGAGAGGGCCGUGACGAGCGCAAAAGAAUGCGGUCCAAUUACCGCUCGGUGAUUGUCGUACCCCUCCUCCUCAGCUGGGGGGCCAUGGCCAUGGCGCUGGGGGUGAACUGGGGAACCUCCUCCUCCUCCCACCCGCUCCCGCCAUCGACGGUUGUGCCGGGUCUCCUCAAGGCCAACAACAUCACCAGGGUGAAGCUCUCCGGCUCCGACCCCGACGUGAUGGAGAGCCUCUCCGGCUCCGGCAUCCAGGUGACGGUGGGCAUCCCUAACGAGAUGCUCCGCGCCCUGAGCUCCUCCAAGAAGGCCGCCGCCAGCUGGGUCCACGACAACGUCACCCGCUACUUCCCCACCACCUCCGGCGUCGGCGGUGGUGGUGUUCGAAUCGAAUACAUUGCUGUGGGCGAUGAGCCAUUCCUCAGCAGCUAUGGGCAGCAAUUCCAACAUUUUGUAGUUGGUGCAGCAACGAACAUUCAGCUGGCCUUGACUGCUGCGAAGUUAGCAGACAAGGUGAAGAUCAUUGUUCCCUGCAGUUCUGAUGCCUACCAGUCUGACAUGAACCUCCCUUCAAAGGGUCACUUCAGGCCUGAUCUCAUCAAGACAAUGGCCGAGCUCCUUUCUUUUCUCACCAAGCAUGGUUCACCUUUUGUGGUUGACAUCAAUCCUUUCUUAACGCUUCAGCAAAAUAAGAAUCUUUCUCUGAAUUACUUUCUCUUCCAAUCAAAGUCGCAUGCAGUAACUGAUGGACACAAUAAAUACAAAAAUUACUUUGAUGCUAGCAUUGAUACCUUGUUAUCAUCCUUGUCAAGGGUUGGUUUUGAUGACAUGGACAUUAUGGUUGGGAGAAUAGGAUGGCCUACAGAUGGAGCAGUGAAUGCCACACCUGUUGUUGCCCAGACCUUCAUGCAAGGCCUAGUUGAUCAUUUGAAGAGCAAGGCUGGAACCCCACUUAGACCAAAAAGGCCAUCAAGAGAGACCUAUAUUUUUAGUUUAUUAGAUGAAGAUCAGCGAGGCAUAACCACUGGAAAUUAUGAAAGACAUUGGGGCAUUUUUACCUUUGAUGGCCAGGCUAAGUAUAAUGUAGAUUUGGGCCAGGGCUCAAAGAAUCUGGUAGAUGCUCAUAAUGUGGAGUAUCUCGCCUCCAAAUGGUGUGUGGUGAACAAUAACAAAGACUUGUCGAAUGCUUCUGCCAGUGCUGCAGAUGCAUGCUCCAGUGCUGACUGCACGGCUUUGUCUCCUGGAGGCUCUUGUUUUGGAAUCAGUUGGCCUGGGAAUGUGUCUUAUGCUUUCAACAGCUACUAUCAGCAGCAUGACCAGAGUGCAGAUGGCUGCGAUUUUGGUGGCUUGGGGCUGAUAACUACUGUCGAUCCAUCUGUAGAUGAUUGCAGAUUUACCAUUGCGCUUCGUACAUCGUUUUCUGCUUCUGUUUAUGAGAAACUAGGUUUGUGGUGGACUAUAGUUGUAGGUGCCUGUGUUUGUUCUUAUCUGCUCGGGUUCGCUUGACAAUGAUUUGGUUGAGCAAAUUUUGUUUCGGAUGAUUUGAGUACCUGAUGGAGCUGUAUUGUAGCAUCUUCGUAGGCUUAUAAAUUAUUUUCAAGUUACCAGCGCAAAUCAUUCAGAAGUAAUCGUGCUGGGAUUUAUCGGCUUCAAUCAGAUUUUGAUGCUUGACUGCUUGCUUUCAGUGAGAGUUUGGGUUGUCUUUGCUGCCUUUCCUGAAACAGCUAUUGAUCUUCUAGGUGCGUAAAGCAGUAUUUUAUAUUAAAAUUUGGACCGAGCCACUGUGUUGUGGCAAUCAAAUUUGCAUUUAUUCUCAGCUUGGGAUUGAUAGCAACUGCCAAAUUCAGUUUUACCUGCUUGCAUGUGAAGGAGAAGAAGAAUGCUGGAAUGACCUUUUCUAUAGACACCUAGACUCAGGCAAUGUAAGCUGUUCAUCUCCC